AUGAAACAAGGAGGCAAUGGAUUUGCAGAGAAAGUGAAAGUGGUGAUAAUUGAUACCCAAUACGUGGAAACCGAUGCUUCAAGUUUCAAGUCAGUAGUACAGCAGCUCACCGGAAAACAUGCGACGGCGGCAUCUCAGGCGAAGUAUUGUGCCGCCAGAUCAACUGGUGGAAUUGUCGCCGGCGCCGGAGGAAGCUGCGGGGAAGAAUCGUUUUUGUCGAGGGGAUUGUCAUUCAAACAUUUUGAUGGGUUGCUUAUGGAUCUUCCUCAUCUUGAUGAACUCUUAUCAGCUUCAUUUCCUGUUUGA